AUUCCUUCUCCGUGGGUCGUGGCGGUCGCUCAGCACAUUGAUUGCCACUAAAUGGAUGCCGGUGGCAGCUGAGCUGAGCUGAGGUGUGACCUCGAUCCGCCCCAAUUAAACCGCCGCGGACCCGCCCACGGGCAGCCGCAGCUAUCUAUAACCCCGCGUCGUCUCCUCCGCACCACCAGAGAUCCGGCCGGCGGCCCAAGAAGAAGAAGCAGCGGAGACGAUGGCGGCGGUGAAGCGCGCCUACCUCGCCGCCUACAACUGGGCCGUCUUCUUCGGAUGGGCGCAGGUGCUCUACUUCGCCGUGGAGGCGCUGCUCCGGUCGGGGCACGAGGCCGUGUACGCCGCCGUCGAGCGGCCGCUACAGCUCGCGCAGACCGCCGCCGUCCUCGAGAUCCUCCACGGGCUGGUCGGGCUGGUGAGGUCGCCGGUGUCGGCCACGCUGCCGCAGAUCGGGUCGCGCCUCUUCGUCACCUGGGGCAUCCUCUGGAGCUUCCCCGAGACCAGGACACACAUCCUGGUGAGCUCCCUGGUCAUCAGCUGGUCCAUCACCGAGAUUAUUAGGUACUCUUUUUUCGGCACGAAAGAGCUGUUUGGAUCUGCCCCAUCAUCGCUUCUAUGGCUUAGGUAUAGCUCAUUCCUAGUCAUGUACCCAACCGGCAUCAGCAGCGAGGUUGGUUUGAUAUAUAUUGCAUUGCAGUUCAUCAAGGCAUCAGAGAAGUACUGCAUCAGAAUGCCCAACAAAUGGAACUAUUCAUUUGAUUACUUCUAUGCAUCAAUCCUGGUACUCCUAGUUUACGUCCCAGGAAGCCCACAUAUGUACACCUACAUGCUAGGGCAGCGUAAGAAGGCGCUUGCAAAGUCAAAGACCGCGUAAAUCUUAUUGAUAUGUCUUACAAAAUUCGGUGACACAUCAUUGUGCUUCUCAUCUACGUCAGCAAAUCAAAAGUCUGAUCUUGUUGGGCACUAGAUUAUUAAACUCUGUGUCAUGUGAAUGUGGUUGUUGCUGAAUUUGCAUUUGGUUGCUAGAUACAAUGUCAAACACUAAAGACCAAAAUUUCGUUUGACGUAAACCUUGCUGAACAUAAGCUUUGCCUA